AACUUACUGACAAACAGAAAACACAUCAAGCUGUUUCUAAAAUCAACAUGUUUGAGGAGCAGCUUGAGGAGCAGGCUGAGGCAGCGUCAAGAGACAAACCACUGGUGCCAGAAAGACCAGACUCUCCAUCACUGAGCGACAUUUCCAUGAAAAGUGACCGGUCCAAACAUGAUCCUCUCGACUUCAGUAAAGGGGAAUUUGGACCAUUGGUGCCAGAAAGACCAGACUCUCCAUCACUGAGCGACAUUUCCAUGAGAAGUGACCGGUCCAAACAUGAUCCUCUCAACUUCAGUAAAGAAGGAACAAAACCAUUGGUGCCAGAAAGACCAGACUCUCCAUCACUGAGCGAUAUUUCCAUGAGAAGUGACCGGUCCAAACAUGAUCCUCUCAACUUCAGUAAAGGGGAAUUUGGACCAUUGGUGCGAGAAAGACCGGACUCUCCAUCACUGAGCGACAUUUCCAUGAAAAGUGACCGGUCCAAACAUGAUCCUCUCAACUUCAGUAAAGAAGGAACAAAGCCACUGGUGCCAGAAAGACCAGACUCUCCAUCACCCAGCGGUGUUUCUAUGAAAAGUGACCGGUCCAGAGAUGAUCCUCUCAACUUCAAUAAAGGAGGACAGAGACCAUUGGUGCCAGAAAGACCAGACUCUCCAUCACCCAGCGGCAUUUCCAUGAAAAGUGACCGGUCCAAAGAUGAUCCUCUCAACUUCAGUAAAGGAGGAAUGAAACCACUGGUGUCAGAAAGACCAGACUCUCCAUCACCCAGCGGUGUUUCUAUGAAAAGUGACCGGUCCAAAGAUGAUCCUCUCAACUUCAGUAAAGAGGAAUUUGGGCCACUGGUGCCAGAAAGACCAGACUCUCCAUCACCCAGCGGCAUUUCCAUGAAAAGUGAUCGGUCCAAAGAUGAUCCUCUCAACUUCAAUAAAGGAGGACAGAAACCAUUGGUGCCAGAAAGACCAGACUCUCCAGCACCCAGCGGCAUUUCCAUGAAAAGUGACCGGUCCAAAGAUGAUCCUCUCAACUUCAGUAAAGGAGGAACGAAACCACUGGUGCCAGAAAGACCAGACUCUCCAUCACCCAGUGGUGUUUCCAUGAAAAGUGACCGGUCCAAAGAUGAUCCUCUCAACUUCAAUAAAGGAGGACAGAAACCACUGGUACCAGAAAGACCAGACUCUCCAUCACUGAGCGACAUUUCCAUGAGAAGUGACCGGUCCAAACAUGAUCCUCUCGACUUCAGUAAAGAAGGAACAAAACCACUUGUGUCACAGAGACCAGACUCUCCAUCACUGAGCGACAUUUCCAUGAGAAGUGACCGGUCUAAACAUGAUCCUUUCGACUUCAGUAAAGAAGGAACAAAACCACCGGUGCUAGAAAGACCAGACUCUGCAUCACUGAGCGACAUUUCCAUGAAAAGUGACCGGUCCAAACAUGAUCCUCUCGACUUCAGUAAAGAAGGACCAAAACCACUGGUGCCAGAAAGACCAGACUCUCCAUCACUGAGCGACAUUUCCAUGAGAAGUGACCGGUCCAAACAUGAUCCUCUCGACUUCAGUAAAGAAGGAACAAAACCACUGGUGUCAGAGAGACCGGGCUCUCUAUCACCCAGCGGUGUUUCUAUGAAAAGUGAUCGGUCCAAACAUGAUCCUCUCAACUUCAAUAAAGAAGGGGCAUCUCCAAGCGACAUUGUGGUCAGAAAUAAAGAACAUGGAGAGGAGUCGGCCGUCACAUCCAUGUAA